GAAAGUCGCCUUAAUCCAAAAUCGAAAACUUCAUCAGUUGCAAUUUCAUGCCCUUUUUCAGAUUCAAUCACAACUCCUAACCAAAAGAGAGAAAAAAAGAUUCAAACUCGCCGAUUAACGAUGAUGAGGAGAAGAGCUGCUGUUUCUGCAAUAAAUUUGAUUCAUGGAAGAGGAUUUCUCAAUCGAUGGUCGCAUAAAUCGGGUAUUCUCUCUCCUCGAUUCUCUCUCUUCUCUUCCGAGGCUUUUCAACCUAAGCAGCACAGAAUCGAUUUCAGCUGUGUUAAAGAAUUAAAUGAUGCUAUUGAAUUGUUUCAAAAAAUUAAGAGCAUGCGGCCGGAGCCUUCUGUUCUCGUGUAUAAUAAACUUAUGAGUGUUAGUGCAAAGAUUGAGCAGUACUCCUUUGCCCUCGACGUGUUCGAUGAAAUGCUUAGGAUGGGUGUCCAUGUUAAUGUUUACACCAUGAAUAUUGCUGUCAACUGUUGCUGUCUCUUGAAAGAUAUAAAAUCUGGCUUUGCUAUAAUGGGUCUAUAUUUCAAGAGUGGUUGCGGACCAGAUGUCACGACAUUCAACACUCUGAUUAAAGGGUUGUUUUUAAAUCAAAAGGUGGUCGAGGCUGGGAAAUUUUUCAAUAAGAUUUUGCGUUUCAGAAUAUGUGAGCCUGAUCAUUGUAUGAUUCUAGCGAUGGUUGACGGGCUUUGUAAAUCCGGAAAUGUCCUUCCAGCGAGAGAUUUAGUUCGUAGAUUAGAAAGAAGUAGGUUGAGACCUGAUGUUAAGACUUAUAAUGCAUUACUCGAUGGGCUAUGCAAAUGUGGAAUGGUGGAUGAUGCAUUCCACCUCCUAUCUAGGAUGAUCAACAAGGGUAUUUCACCCAAUGUUGUCACAUAUAGCUCGAUGAUUCAGGGGUUUUGUGACCUAGGGAGACUAGAGGAUGUUAAGGUUCUGUUGAAUGAAAUGACUAAUUCUAAUAUUUCUCUCAAUGUCGUAACUUUUAGUAUAUUGAUUGAUGCAUACUGCAAGGAGAGAAAGAUGAAAGAGGCUGAGGAAUUGUUGGAAAUUAUGAAGCAACGUAAUGUAUGCCCUAAUGUUGUCACUUAUAAUACGCUGAUUGAUGGGUAUUGUCUGAGAGGGGAAAUUGACAAAGCACGACAAGUACUUGAUUCCAUGGUUGACAAGGGACUUAGGCUUGAUAUUGUUAGCUACAACAGCUUAUUAAAUGGAUAUUGCAAACAGGGGAGAAUAGACGAAGCUUGGCUUCUUUUUCUCAAAGUUCUUUUGAAAGGUCCGGAGCAUAAUACAUGUACUUAUAAUACCAUGAUUCAUGGAUUGUUUAGUAAGUGUAGAUUUUCCGAGGGCUGGAAGCUUUUCGAGGAUAUGAAAGCUCGACGAGUUAGUCCUGACAUGUAUACUUAUAGUACAUUGUUGGAUGGGUUGUGCAGGAAUGGGAAGACUGAUGAAGCUCUUUCGUUUCUGCACACGAAUGAAGGGAAAGGAGUUAAUCCUGAUAGAGUCAUGUACGGGGCUGUCAUUAAUGGAUUAUGCAAAAAUGGAAAACAUGAUGUUGCGAGAGAUCUUCUCAACCGACUUCCUUCUAGAGGUGUGCAACCUAAUGCUCGAAUAUACAAUAUGAUCAUCGGUGCACUUUGUCAAGAAGGUUCUACGGAGGAGGCAAAAUGUUUGCUUACAGAGAUGCAGAGUCGUGGUUGUGCAGCUGACGACGUGACAUACAACAUCAUGACGCGAAGUUUCCUAAAGAAGAAAGAGCUUAGCAAGGCAAUACCAUACUUGGAGGAAAUGCGCGAAAAGGGUCUCUCGGCAGAUGUUUUUACUCUUUCCAUGCUAGUUGAUCAAAUACUAACCGAAGAUGAUUUUCUUCUCAAAUUGAUGAAGGAUGUUUUGCCAAAGGAUAUUGUAUCAUAGUCCAAUCGAAUGCUCCACGUUUGAAUGCAUUACUUCAUCAUCUUGAUGUUGGACGUUGAGCACUCCAUAUUACUAUUUGAGAAUUUUGUGAUAGAAUUGGCGUGCUCUCAACUUAGUAUCUACAACAUGAUGCUCAACUCCCUGUACCGCGAUGGCGUGAAGGGGAGGCGGAGGCGGAGGCGCAGAGGUUGAUGGAGGAGAUGGAGAGGAGCGGCUGCGUGCCUGAUGGUGUGACAUUCAACAUUAUUGUGUUGAAUAUGGUGAAGAACCAAAAGAUGUGGCAAUUCCUUUCAUGGAGGAGAGGAUUCGAGGUUAAUUCGGAGAUCAUUUCUGUUUUGCUUCAGGAACUAAGAAGAGGAGAAGGUAAAGAUGAGAAACUGCAAGAGGUUGUCAAGAAAGUUUUUGCUCAAAAUCGACUUUGAAUACACUUGUAGUUGUUGUAGUUAAAUGCAGUGAUCUUUUUGAUUUAUGCUUCGAUGCUUCAAAA